AGAGGCCAAAACGGACCCCAACACCAAACAAACCAACCCGCCCCGACGCGACGAGCCAAACCCGAAGCAACGCAGCCGCCACUUCUCUGAGCCAAUCGGAGAGGCCGUAGCCGUCCGGCGGCGUGCCCUCCUUCCCUCCUCGCGAUUCGCUGCCGCCCGUCCCCGGCGAGCGCCUGCUCCGAGGUCGCGCCUAUCCCCUAGGGUUCCUUCCCCGCCGCCGCCGCCGUCACAGGAGGAGGAAAGGAAUACAUCGUCAUGGCGGCCAGGCUCCUCGCGAAUCUCAUCGUCAUGGGCGGGAGCGUCAUGGGCAGGGCCAUGCUCCAGGCCUAUCGCAAAGCCAUCGUCAAUGCGAACCAAACUGGAGCUGCCCAAGAAGCUAUAAAUGGUAUCAGACGGGCUAGCAAGGUCAUGACUGAGCAAGAAGCCCGGCAGAUACUGGGUAUUAGUGAAAAAUCGACUUGGGAAGAGAUUGUUCAGAAGUAUGACACAAUGUUUGAGAGGAAUGCGAAGAACGGGAGCUUCUACCUCCAAUCGAAGGUCCAUCGCGCAAAAGAAUGUCUGGAACCUUUAUAUCAAAAGCCUGAUGUACCAAACUGAGAUUGGCGUAGAUGCCUAGCAUCCGUUUGAACCAUUACGCUUAACUGAUCAGUUUGCCGAUGUGGCUAGAGAUCAUUCUGUUUUUGAGUUAUGCUGGGUGCAUCAGGUUGAUUGGUUGUAAAAGGGACCUUUGCUGGACUCAGAAUAAUGUUUAACAAAGAUAUGAGAUUUUGUCUGAUUCA